UCGAGUCGCCAGCGCGCGCUUUGUCGGUUGCGUCGUCCUGCGUGCGAACGGAUCGUGUCGUCGUCGUCGUCGUCGUCGUCGUCGUCGUCGUCGUCGUCGUCGUCGAGUCGCGGGGCCUCGAGAGCAAUGUCGGCAGCGAGGCCAGCCGCCCGUGCGCGUGUGUCGUCGACAGUGCGCGCCCUAGUGAGCCGUGUGCGCGAGUAGAGCAGCGGGUCCCUCCGUCUGCGGCCGCUUUCACCGCAGCGACCUGCCAGCGGCGAGCACCACGGCGGCUUCGCCUUGCACGAGCCGCGCGGAGCCUCCGUUUUUCGUCGGCUGCCUCGCGCUGCGACAGAGCGACCACUUGUCAUUGGUGCGCAGGCAUAGCAUGGAACUGAGCAGCAUGUACAUAAGCGCGGAGAGCAACAAUGGCUACGGCCCGACCACGCCGUCGCCCAAGUUCGCCUCGACCAACUCCAUACCAGCCCUCGUCGACGCCGUCUGCCCGCUGGGCGCGUUCGAGCUGGCCGAGUCGGUGCGCGCCCUGCAGAAGCCCGCGGCCCCUGGCGCGGCCAGGCGCCACAGCGUCCUCGACGACCUGAAGGCCAAGCGCGACAGCUUCCUGCAGAAGGCGCGACGCUCCAGUAUCUUCUCGAGCGCCGAGGACAAGGAGAACGGCGCGAAGGAAAACAAACAGAAGCGGCGCAGCAGCGAGGCGAGCGCCCGGCGCGGCUCGGUCUUCUACGUGUCGCACGACUCGCUCGCCGAGGAGCUCGGCUGCGGCGAGGCGCCCGCGAGUCCGCCCGCGGCUGACGGCCCGAAGAAGGGCCGCAGGAAGUCGUGGCAGCCGCUGGUCGGCAAGCCGCCCAAGGCGGAGCGCAAGCGCAGGAAGGGCGUCGCGCAGCAGAGCAGCGAGGACGGCGUCGCCGAGGAGCCGUACAGCGUCAGGCAAAAGAGGCCCUCCUGGUGGAACAUCUUCGUGCCCGACUCCGUGGCAAGGUCACGACGCAUGUCCACUGAUGUAGCAACCACCAGAUCUACGGAGAAUCUCAGCUCUUACUUCAGGAGCAAGAGUCGUAGCGUGGACCAUGGGUUCGCAGCGCCGUUCGACUUGGACUCGCUGCGCAACAAGGUCGAGGGUCGCUUCGAGUCCAUCGACAAACUCUCCAGAGAUUCCGAUAACGAGAGCAAGGAUGGCUCAAGCUCGCAGGAGAAAAAGUCCGGCCGAUCGUCCCAACCAAUCAACACCAUCAAGUACACGGUGGGAGACCGAGAUACUUUGACGUCGGUGGCAGCACGUUUCGACACGACCCCAUCAGAGCUUAGCAAGCUCAAUAGAUUGGUCGGCUCUUUUAUCUAUCCUGGACAGCAGUUAUGGGUACCGGAGAAAGGCGAAACCGCGUCUGCUGAUGCCAAAUCCGAGUCCACGGGCUCCGAAGGCGCACACGAUGCACAAGAUGAUUUGCCGCUCGAGGAGAAAGAGUUGCUAGAUAACCUAAGACCAGUGUCGCCAAAGCCAGGUCACCACGAGCGAGUGAAAACACCACUCGGCAGCAACGUUAAUGCCACGGGAGAAGGUGUUCAUCACUUCAAAGAAAGAUUCCUCAAGAUUACAGUCAGACACAUAACCGAUGGACAGGGUGUCGUCGGUGGUGUGCUGCUGGUAACGCCAAACGCCGUAAUGUUCGAUCCGAACGUGUCAGAUCCACUGGUGAUCGAGCACAGUGCCGAGUCGUACGGUGUGAUCGCGCCAAUGGAAUUCAUUGUUAAUGCAGCGAUAUAUUACGACAUAGCGCACAUGCGAGUAGGCCACACGGAUGCCGGCCAACCGGAUAAAAAGCCCGAGAUUUACUACAUGAAGAAACCUGAGAUACCUGCGUCAACGCAAGAUUCGACAACAGGAGAACCGAGUAGCGCCAAAUGUGUUUCGCCACCGAGCAAAGACGAAAAUUUUCCGGAGCUUGUCGUUGACGACGGUAGCGAAAGUAUUUGUAGCUGCAAUGCUGAACGUGAUGGCGACGCUUUUCCCAAGGCCUUUGAUAAGGAUCUCAUCACCCCGCCUAAUCUUUCUAACGAUGAAACAUCAACCAAAGAUAAGGAUAAGAAGAAGGACAAUGAAAAUUCAACCAAAGACGAAACAUGUGGAGGUCAAUCAAGCAGGACUCUAGAAGAGCGCAGGCGUUCAAUGCUCGAUCAUCACUGGGCAGUUCCUAGCAAAGAUAGAUGUUCGUUUUCUGUGGAUGAUGAGCAGCAGGAUUCUUUAAACUCAGACAAAGCCGAGAAAUCAAAUGCCAUUCCCGAAGACGAAGAAGGCUCUCUAGUCAAGCAGUCGUGCCACGAUUCGGGCAUCGAUAUUCGCGAGCCCAAUACGCCUCUUCCAGUAGUGCAGCCUAUACCCGCGAAAAAGGUCUACUCCGACGCGGAUAUUGUCCUUUCUUCUGACUGGGUACCACCUAUUACGAUUGCUCCCACGAAUGUUACGUCAAACAUACUAGACACCGACUCGGCGAUCAAUGGCAGGAAGAAGGCCAGUUCGGUAUCGUUCAGCCUCGACAGUAACAAUGAGGAACAUCAAGAAAAGGAGGAAGAACAUAAGGAGGAUGACAAACACGAGACGCGUAAAAAUAAAAUGUUGAAACGAUUAUCAUACCCACUUUCCUGGAUGGAAGGUUUAACUGGAGACUCCAAAGAUGAAGAUAGCAAGCCCCCGUCAGACAAAAUGUCAAGUCUUCCGAACAGUGCUGACAGUCAUCACUCUUCCAUGUUCAGUAAAGUUUUCUCGAGCUCGCCGAUCAACUUGGUGAGUGACUUUAGUUCCGGCCUGUUCGCUAAGACUCCGAGUGAAGAGAGCGGCGGUCGAGCUGGAGGCACACCUCCACUCACCGCCUCUUCUCUAUCGCAGGACUCAUACAAUCCCGUAUUCUCACCGAGUCCGGUUGGUGUUUUCGGACGCUCGUCCGUGGGUACUUUUAUCAGGCAGCAACCUCUGAACUCGUCGGGAAGCAGUAGUGUCGAUAGUAAUCGAGGUGGCAAAACUUCUACAGCACCACCACGCCUCGACUAUCGUAGUAUGGUAUCAGUCGAUGACAUGCCUGAACUUUUUGUCAGUUUUGACAAGCUGAUCCCGAGGCCAGCACGCUCUUGCGAGGACCCGCCAUUAUACUUGAGAUUAAGAACCGGCAGACCUAAGGACAAGAAGAUCCCCUGGUCAACGCCAAUCAUGAGCUAUGGCAAAAAGAAAAUCAGACCGGAGUACUGGUUCAGCAUACCGCGGAACAGGGUGGACGACCUUUACAGGUUCAUUCACGCGUGGGUGCCGCAGUUGUACGGUGAGCUCGACGAGGAGCUGUGGCGUGAGAGGGGAUACAUACUGUCGGACACCGAUACCGACUUGUCACCCGAAUUGACACCUGGUGAGGCUGGCGAGUCUGGCGCUGAUGAAAGCAAGGAUUCCGAAGGCAAAGUUGGUGAACAAGUCAGCGAGCUUACUCGCGAAUCUUGGGAGCUGAUCAAGGCUCCGUACGUAAAGCUCUACACCAUCCUGAAGACCUCGAGCACGUCCGCUGACUCCGAGCAGAUCCAGGACUCCGAGGUACUGUCGAUGAGCGAGGAGUUAAGGCGAGCACUCUACGCCAACAGCGCGAUAUCCUUGGACGCGGAGAUAAUAGUGCCGGAUUUGGUGGGCCAGACGGAGAUACUGAGCGACGAGCACCGCGAACAAUUGUGCCGACACUUGCCCGCCAGAGCCGAGGGCUACCUCUGGACUCUUGUCUUUAGCACCAGUCAGCACGGCUUCAGCCUGAACAGCAUGUACCGCAAAAUGGCCAGGGUCGAGAGCCCCAUUCUGCUGGUCAUCGAGGACACCGGGGGCAAUGUGUUCGGAGCCUUGACCUCGUGCUCGCUGCGAGUCAGCGACCACUUCUACGGCACGGGCGAGUCCCUCUUGUUCAGGUUCACGCCGAGGUUCCAGGCAUUCAACUGGACCGGCGACAAUCUCUACUUCAUCAAGGGCAACAACGAGAGCCUGGCUAUCGGCGCCGGCGACGGCAAGUUUGGUCUAUGGCUGGACGGCGAUUUGUACCAAGGCAGGACACAGUCGUGCAGCACAUACGGCAACGAGCCCCUGGCGCCGCACGAGGACUUUGUAGUAAAGACGCUCGAGUGUUGGGCGUUCAUCUAGGAUUCGGCCUUGUACCAGCCUGCAGCGUUCGUACCCCCUUAAAGUCGACGACGAAAAGAAGUCAAUUUUUUUGCCCAAAACGACAACAACAACAACAACAACAAGUCAACUAUAUCCCGCCCCCGACAAAAUAUACACACACGCUGUUGUUAGCCACAUGCUGCUACUACUACGAAGCUACCACUGCAGGUCGCAGGUGCACGCCAUCGCUGUAGGUAGGCUGGCUAUCUGGCUGACGCUUGAACAAACAAAUAGACAAACACGAAGAUGAAAAGCAAACAGUUAAUUCGAGAACAAAGAAAUAUCCCAGGAGAGACUCACGGAGGAAGACUUGAUAUAUAAAUAUGUUAUAUAUUAACGUGGCCGAGGGUGGACACAUGCAAGAGAGGCUUGUUGCAAAGAGAUCGGCCACCCAACACACAUACCCCGCCCCCUAAACCACAGAUUUCAUAAAUACACACAAGUCAAUGUGAACAGAAAGAGCGAAAGAAGGAGAGAGAGGGAGAGAGAGAGAGAGAGAGAGAGAGCGAAAAAUGAUGAUAAUGAUGAUACGCGUUAUUAUUGUAUACAUACCGUUUUAAUCGUUUGUUGUACGAGAGAAAGAAAGAAAGAGACCCAACGAAAGAAAGAGACUGCGUGAUUGCGUGAUUGUUUCGGCGGAGGAAUUAACAGUGGCGAAAGUUUAUUGCCUUAUCACGCGAGUGCGAUUCAUAUAUAGAUUUCAAUUAUUGUUUUUUUUUCCUUCAAUGUUGCCCUUUUAAUUCCUCGGCAUCUCACUAUUUUACUUUUGUUUUCUUUCUUUUACAUUUUUAAUUUAGGCUAUUUAUUUUACUAUGUUAUGAUUAUUAUUAUUAUUAUUAUUAUUAUUAUUAUUAUUAUUAUUAUUAUUAUUAUUAUUAUUAUUAUUAUUAUUAUUUUAUAUACGUGUACUGCAUUACCGUGAAUAAAUAUGAGCGACGCGUGGUGUACUUCAGGUGACAUUUACUUGGAUACGCCGUGAAUGCGUUACAGCUCGAUUGAUUGUUUUUUACCUAAAAAUACGAUUGUUGUUUUCUUCAAUUGCGAAAACAGUGUGCGAUUAAUUAUUGUAAUUGUGAGAAAACAAAUGAAUUUGCAACUGAAUUGCCAGAUGACGAUUAAGGCUUAUGACUCGACAAGUAUUGAAAGAGUGCGAUUAUUUUUUGGAAGAUUAGAAAGACAAAGAACGUAUUGUGAUGUUUUAAAUAUGAAAUUGGCCAAUUAGUACGCUUGUUAGAAACAGAAAAAGAAAGGAGAUAUUUAAAAAUAUAAAAACGCAAAAAACUAACCGUUUGUUAAUGUGUAGAUAUGUAGAUAGUAAAUGUAAAUAUAUACAUAUAUUAUAAUUAUAAUAGUGUUACAGUGAUUAAUUUUGAGCGCUAUGCAUUAUGGACGAACAAUAUAUAAAACAGACAGAAGGAUUAUAUAAAAAACAACACGAUACACAUUCACAAACACAUGCGAAUAACAAAUAAACAAAAACGUAUAAUUAUAUGUACGCGUUCGAAGCGCUGAUGUUUGCGCAUUUGGCCAGUGUUAAUCUGAGAAAAAAAUCAAGUUAUCUUAUCUAUUUAAGACGUUCAUUGAAUUUAAAAAAAUCGCGCAGACAAGAGAAUAUUUUACGGUUUUAAAAGAGAUGGUAAUAUCAUUGCUGUUAUUUCCAUUAUAUCAUUCAAAAAAGAAUAUGUUCACUUUUACUCGAGAUAUACGACUGUUUCUCCAUAUGCAUAAUUUUAUUGUUGCGUUUCGUUACAUGCGAAGUAGUUAUACUGUCGUCACAUACGCAGAUCUUCGAAGGCAAAGAAAAAAAGAACAAUUCAUGCCCUGGUAUUUGCGGGGGCUUCAUUUUGUUAUUAAUAAGUCACUUUUAUCGAAUCACCAAACAAACCUUGCUAAGAGAAAGCUCAUUGAUUAAAAACAAAAUUGACUAAGCCAAUUGUCAUCUUGCUCACUCAAAGUGUGUCAUUAUAAGAGUGUAACUUAAAAGUGGGAGAGCCUAAUAGAAAUAAGACAUUAUUAAAGCAGUGCUGUCAAAUAA